AUGAAAAUUUGUUUAUUCCAGGAACCCGAAUUUGUUUGGUCGCCUACAGAGCUUGGAUGGAUGGAAAGCUCAUUUUUCUACGGCUAUGCUGUUUCGCAGAUUCCCGCUGGUGUUCUUGCUGGAAAAUUUGCCCCAAAUAAGCUGUUCUGCUUGGGCGUGCUGAUUGCCAGUCUUCUAAACAUCACCAUCGCUUUUGCGCUUCAAUUCCAUCCGUUCACUGAUGUGGCGGUUAUGAUAAUGCAAUGUAUGCAAGGAUUGGCAUUGGGUGUCACCUACCCAGCAAUGCAUGGCGUCUGGCGCUAUUGGGCUCCUCCACUAGAACGGUCGAAAUUGGCCACAACAACAUUUACGGGUAGUUAUGUGGGUGUUAUGCUGGGCCUUCCGCUAGGUUCUUCACUUGUCAGCUAUUUCUCCUGGUCUGCACCUUUUUAUGCAUUUGGAUGCGCUGGGGUUUUAUGGUCGAUCAUUUGGUGUAUAGUCUCGGCAAAAUCUCCAAGCGAACAUCGUUACAUCACUGAAGAAGAGCGAACUUAUAUUACUGAAAAAAUAGGAAAAGUUGCCACUGGAAAUAUGACGUUAACCACCCUACCUUGGAAGACUAUCCUACUAUCACUGCCUGUUUGGGCAAUUGUUAUUUGUAACUUCUGUCGAUCAUGGACGUUCUUCCUGCUUUUGAACAAUCAGUUGAUGUACAUGAAGGAUGUGCUCCAUAUGGAUAUCAAAAAGUUAACUACCCUACCCUGGAAGACUAUCCUUCUAUCACUGCCUGUUUGGGCAAUUGUUAUUUGUAAUUUCUGUCGAUCAUGGACGUUCUUCCUCCUCUUGAACAAUCAGUUGAUGUACAUGAAGGAUGUGCUCCAUAUGGAUAUCAAAAAGAGUGGUAUUAUCUCUGCUCUUCCACAAUUCCUAAUGACAGUAGUGGUGUUGGGCUCUGGCCAAAUGGCAGAUUGGUUGAGAGCAACUGGAAAGAUGAACACUGGCCCAGUGAGGAAAAUGUUCAACACGCUAGGAUUCGGAGGUGAAGCUAUAUUCCUUGGUGUGCUUGCAUUUGUUCAAGAUCCAACCCUCGCUGUUACCUGUCUGGUUAUUGCAGUUACAUGCGGUGGAAUGAGUAUAGCAGGAUUCAACGUAAAUCAUUUCGAUAUUGCACCUCGAUAUGCUUCCAUUCUUAUGGGUUUCUCAAAUGGUUUUGGCGCAUUGGCUGGUAUGGGAGGCUUCAUCACACAGCAUCUUACAGCCAAUCUACCAUGGUACGCAACAUGUCGUCAAGAAGGAGGACAAAAGGAAAGGGUGAAGAGUCGCAGAUAG